UAUAUACAUAUAUAUACAACCAGGAGAUGAGCCAAGAUGGGUGCAUUGGUCGAUCUGCAUUAAAUUAACUACAUGAAUACACCGCGGCGCCGGCGGCAGAAUCCGGCCGGUGAUGGAGGCGACGGCGACGGCGCUGUGGGGGCACAACCACCUCCCGCUCCUGGCGCGCGCGUCCUCCAAGGAGUCCGUGGAGUACAUCCUGCAGGCGCUCUGGCGCACCCGCCGCACCGGCCUCGACGCCGCCGACCGCGCCGUCGUCCGCGACAUGCUCCAGCUCGCCUCCGACGCCGAGCUCGACCCCCUGCUGGUGUGCCUCAGGAUACUGAUUCGCAGAUGCGUCCAUGACAACAUUGGGAAGGACGAGGUCGCCAAGCUCUUCCCCGAGGAGGUGUCGCCGGAGCUGCAGAGGCUGAUCACCUUGCUCCUGCAGAAGUUUCAGGCGGAGUGGCAAGAGGAUACUGCAAAGGAUCAGGCAUCUGUAGCGCAACCGGAAACAACAGAAUGCGCUUCAAAUCAAAACCAAGAUACAACAGAGCAGCCUGCUGCUGGUGCUGAGCUUCGGAACGGUGCAAGAUCAUCAGCUGUGGAAAAAGAGCUGAAGGUUCAGUUAACCAAGGAUACUUUAGACAAAAUGCUCAAGGAUAUGUACUCAAUCAAUAACCAAGUGUCCACCGCUGGCAAUGCCGAUGGACAUGAAGAGGCAGCAGAAUGCUCUUAGGAAAAUACUGGUGCUUGUCAUUUUAGCUUCAGCUCCAGUGAAAUUCUGCAGCUGCAAAACUGUCGGUAGCUAGCAUCAUGUGUCUAGCUGCAUCCUUAUAAUUUUUCCCCUAGGACAGUUUGGUCUAGGUUAUGAUCGCUGCAACCAUUCCAUUCACCCUAAGGAGUAAAUGUAAGUUCUCUUUUUUAGAAAAGAAAAAAAGGCAUUGUAGAAGUUAGUAGGUGAUUCAUCUGUAAUCUAAAUCCAUUGGUAGUAUCAGCGUCAUCGCAUGCUGAAAUCCUUACCCUUCCACAUCGUGGUGUAUGUACUUCAGUAUUUGUUCACACAUCCUGAGUUGUUUUACCACAUGGAUUAAUGGAACGCUGGCCAUGUUACUUCCAAGCAGCAGCUGCUUUGUAUACUUUCAGGCUUACAAGAUACCAGUGCUUGGUAUUACGCCCAAAAUUGCAUUUCGUCUCAUAUCGUCAGCCAACAAGUGCAGCUGUACAGAACACUUUAUAGGGCACACACAAGUUCAGACCACCACCAGCACCACGAU